ACUAUAAUCAAAGAGUGAGCUUUAAUGCCCACUUCCCCAUCUUUUACUUUUAAAAAUUUCCCCCCUUCAAAUUCAAUUCAUAUCCAAAAAGGCCCACAUUAAAAAAAGAUUAUUUCUUUUUGAUGUGUUUUUUUUCGUGGGUGGGUGGUGAAAAAUGGUCACCGCUAAAGCUGGCGCUGAAUGAGGAGCUGGAAUUUUUUUGCCGAAUUUAGGAAUUUCUUGAGAUUUUUAUGAUAUUUUACUUUAUUUAUUCAUAUAGUUCUAGAAAAUGACAGAUGUUUAUGACCGAUUUUUGGUUCAAUGUUAGUUUUAAGCUUGGUUUAAUUUUGGCAAAUUAUUAUAAUUAAUAAAAAUUUGGGAUCUUUUUUGGUAUUUUGGACUUACUUUUUACUUCUUUUGUUCAUAUGGGUAUAGAAGAUACUACCAAAUAUUUAGGACCCAUUUUUGGUUCAAUGUAAUUGUUAAUAAUAUUUUUGUCCCAUUUUUCUUACUUUAUUUAUAUUUGUUUGGUUGUCUUUAUUGUAUUUGCAGAUCUAUGAAUGUGAAAGCUUCAAUCUUUUUCUAAUUUUUUUCAUCUUUUUUUUUUUUCUUUCUUAGUGUUAGGUUUCGACUUUUCUAGACAAGAAGGAAUUAACCCUCUUUGUUCCUCUCUCUUCUGAGCUCCAAAAUCUUCUCUUUUUUCAAUUACAAUUUGUGUUUUUCUUUAACUGUUAUGUUCAUUGUAGCUGAAAUUUGAGGUGGGGUUUUGUUUCUUUUAAAAAAUCUGCAUUUUUUGUGUGAGUAAUUGGCCCAAAAAGCCUAUGAAGAAAAGAAUGGUUUGCUUUUCUUGCAUGAGUUUUAAUCGUAAAGAUGUCAGAGAUUAUGAUGAUGACAUGGCUUCAAGAUCCAUUAAAUCUUCAGGGAAAGGUAGAAAAGGAGGUUCUUUAAGAGGGAAAGGUGGGGAAAGCAAUAACCAGAAGGGCAAUGUGGCGCGCAGUUUCACGUUCAAAGAACUUGCAUUAGCAACUCAGAAUUUCAGGGAAACUAAUCUUAUUGGCGAAGGCGGUUUUGGAAGUGUGUACAAGGGCCGUCUAGAAUCAGGCUUGAUUGUUGCAAUCAAACAACUUAAUCUUGACGGGCUACAAGGAAACCAGGAGUUUAUAGUGGAGGUCCUGAUGUUGAGUUUACUACAUCACAAAAAUCUUGUCAACUUAAUUGGAUACUGCACUGAUGGAGACCAGAGGCUCUUGGUUUAUGAGUUCAUGCCAAUGGGUAGCCUGGAGAAUCAUCUUUUUGAUUUGGAACCCGGAAAGAAGCCACUGAGUUGGAGCACAAGACUUAAGAUUGCUGCUGGUGCAGCUCAUGGACUUGAGUAUCUUCAUUGUGAAGCAAAUCCGCCUGUCAUUUACCGUGAUUUGAAAUCUUCAAACAUAUUGUUGGACAAUGAUUUCAAUCCAAAACUGUCAGAUUUUGGACUUGCAAAGUUGGGACCUGUUGGUGAAAACACUCAUGUUUCGACGCGAGUGAUGGGAACCUAUGGAUACUGUGCGCCCGAGUAUGCCAUGAGUGGAAAAUUGACUCUGAAAUCAGACAUCUAUAGCUUAGGUGUUGUGCUGUUGGAGCUAAUAACAGGCCGAAAAGCUUAUGAUAGCUCUAGAAAGACAGGAGAACAGAACCUUGUCGUUUGGUCUCGUCCCUUCCUAAAGGACCGGAGGAAGUUUGUUCAUAUGGUUGACCCUUUGUUGUAUGGUCAGUUCUCUGUUCGCUCUUUGCACCAUGCAGUUGCAAUUACUGCAAUGUGUAUUCAAGAGCAAGCCAAUUUUCGCCCAAUCAUCAGUGAUAUUGUUGUCGCACUUGACUAUCUUGUCUCACAAGCAGAAAGCUCCGAUUCACAAGGAGGCGGUUCACAUAGCGGAAAGCAAACAUAUCAUCCCAAGGAGAUUUAAACAUCAAUUCAAGAAAGCAAACUUUCGGGAAACAGAUCUGCCACAUGUUAAAGCUUGUUCACAUCAAAUUCCUAAAGUUCAUGGCCGCUGACAACGUGUGGAGGUGCACCUUUGAUUGGAUGUCAUAUUAGAGGAGAGGAGGAGACAGUAAAAGAUGACAGUCAAUCCUUUUGGCUUUUGAGGAGUAUGAGGUAAGAAGAUAUCUCGCACGCAUUGCACUUCCACUGAUUAUGAUGAAAUGUAAAGAAGAUGAUGCACAGAAUGUUAACAAAGUACUGUUGUUAGGAUUUGUUCUGAGCGAGCGAAGGUUAAUAUAUGUCUAACCAUUUUAGUGUAGUAAUUGUUGGAUUUGCUAUAGGUAGGUUAAUCGACAUAAUCCAGAGACGUUCUUUUACGCUUCUCUAGUCUUUUCUUUUUCUUCUGUUUGGUUGGUGUGGGCUGAGGAAGGUUUCAUUUCUUCUAAUCUUUGUUUAUGUAUAAGCAUUAUAAAGUUUCGUUGCGCAAAUAUAUACGUGAUAAUGCCAUUUAGGAUGGUAUAUCAAUAUGUAAUAUUUAUGUCUUGGAAUACAGUUUCAUUUGCAGACUGGAAAUUGUAUAGACUAA